GUAGUUCCCGCGCGCGGCAGUGGGGUCUGGCCACGUGGGCGCCCUGCCUCCCUCGGAGCGGGCGCAGUGACCGGGGGUCGCUGGGGGCUCCGCUUGCUCGGCUGCGGGGGCGGGUGGCAGGGGCUGGUGCUGAGCCUGGGGCCGGGUGGAGAAUGGGAACAGCUUCGCUCCGGCCGAGAACGGAGCCCCUCGCGUCUCUAUUUCUCGCGUGUCUGAAAUAACCCGUGAGGCGGUUGCAGGGCCGGGCGGCUGGGCAGGGCCAGGCGGGAGCUGCUCGCAGACUGGCGGCCUGCCCCGCUCCCGCCUGCCCCCCAGACCCCCACGCUUGUGCACGAGGACGCUCCCCGGGUCCUUACAGCGGCGGGACAGCCCGGACCGCCCCCCGCGGGGCGUCCAACAGCGGGGCCUGAGCUUCGGCCCGAGGUUCCUAAAGCCUUGAAUAGUCCCGUGGCAGCCGAGUGAGGACGCUGGGCUGGGCCGGGCCUGUCUUUCCUACCGCCAGCGCGGCCCCACGGACUCCUGCGGAGUGGGUCCUGGUGCCCACUGAGUGAGGGGGAGCAGAAUCGGACCUGCCAGCUCUACCAGCAGAUACCUGUGGAAAGUCCCAGCAAAGGUGUCGGAUCCUCAUCCUAGAAAACAGUCUACUGCUGCCCCGAGUUUCUCUGUAGCUUUUUGAAUAAUUAACCUAUAGAGACUGCUCGGAUAAGAGCCUGAAGUUGCUGAUAUCGAAAGAGGAGGUCUCACAUAUCCCAUCGGAGAUAACAGAGCACCAAUGACUCUGCUGGUAAAAAACAAAACAAAAUCCAAACCCUCACAUUAUACUAAAAAAUACUUUGAAUGCUGUGGAAAAGGACUGACUUAAGCCACCUGGUUGCCACAGUAAAGCUCCAAGAUUAAUCCUUUGCAAAAGGGGACUUGAAAUAAAAAGCAUAGUACCUUCCUGCCUAAGCAGUGCGUUUAGGAGAUCAAGCUAAAAUAUCUCUGUUGCUAGUCUCAGUAGAGACAUGUUUGAUGAUGUCCCUAGGUAGAUCUCUAGGUACCUCAGCACUGCUGCUUGGAGAGCACUGGGUCACUUUUUGGAGAGAUGAUCUCUGCUGCCAGCCUGUAAAUAGAUACGUGCAACACAGCAGUAGGGUCCAGUCUUUCUGUGUUGCUGAAGUGAAUCACCAGUGGUCUGCAGGGUCUGCUCAUUGAAUUGUAGUUAACAAAGCUCAAGUCUACUAAGAAUAACAAUUAUAUCACUGCAUAGAACACAAAGCUUAUCUUGUCUUGGCAGGCUUGAAAAUCCUCAACUCCUAUUACCCGAAAUCCGAGAGCGCGGGGGACAGUGUCCCACACAUGCUGUACUGUCAUCCUUGUAUCAAAGGACUGUUGCCACUGGCACGUGCUUGACCGUGGCACACAAGACAAAAGGGAUCUUGUUGGGCCCUUUGCAAUGACUGUCUGACCAGAUAAAAUGUGCCUUGUUCUCAAUCGAUUGCUUCCUAAGAGUGGAUCCUGACUCGGUUUCCAAGUACAGUACUUUUGAUGCCUGUUCUCGAGCAGGAGUGGCCUUCAGUUUUCUUCUCGCGCUCUUAGGGAGGCUCUUGAAGCCACAAGUGCAGUUCAUGCAACGCGACAGCCUUACACCCAUUUUACAGACGAAAUGCAGGUUCCGGGAUUUGCUAAGUCAGGACUCGGACCUGCGCUCCGGCUUCUCCCUCCUCGCCCACGGUGAAUGCCCGCGGACGGUGCAAGCAGCUGGCACGCUCGGCCUGCGGGGCGCGACCGGGGCUCGGUGCAGAGGAUGGAGACCCGCGGAGGCAGCCGCGAAGGGCUCCGGAGAGGUUCCUGACCCUGACCACCCUGCUGCCCCUGGCCCGGGCUGAAGGGAGCGGGGCGGCCCGUGCUGGCUGCGGGCAGGGCAGGGCAGGGCGGGGGCUCAUUAGCAUGGGGCCGCGCUGAGGCGGUGGCUGGUGCGGCGGCGCCGGGCGGCUCCUCCUCCCGCUCGCUCGCUCGCUCCCCGGCGCAGCAUGGCGGUCAAGGUGCAGACUACCAAAAGAGCGGACCCAGCUGAGUUACGGAACAUCUUCUUGCAGUAUACCAGUGUUGAAAAGGAUGGAGAGCGUUACAUGACCCCAGGAGAUUUUGUGCAAAGAUACCUUGGACUGUAUACAGAACCAAACUAUAAUCCUAAAACAAUUCAAUUAUUGGCAGGAGUGGCAGAUCAAACAAAGGAUGGGUUGAUCUCCUAUCAAGAGUUUUUGGCAUUUGAGUCAGUUUUGUGUACUCCAGAUGCAAUGUUCAUUGUUGCUUUUCAGUUAUUUGACAAGAGUGGCAAUGGAGAAGUGACAUUUGAAAAUAUCAAAGAAAUUUUUGGACAAACCGUUGUUCAUCAUCAUAUCCCCUUCAAUUGGGACUGUGAGUUCAUUCGACUGCACUUUGGACACAACAGGAAGAAGCAUCUUAACUACUCAGAGUUCACUCAGUUUCUGCAGGAGCUACAGUUAGAACAUGCAAGACAAGCCUUUGCCAUAAAAGACAAAAAUAAAAGUGGAACGAUCACUGGAUUGGACUUCAGUGAUAUCAUGGUUACCAUUCGUUCACACAUGCUCACUCCAUUUGUGGAAGAAAACUUAGUGUCAGUAGCAGGUGGAAGUAUUUCACACCAGGUCAGCUUCUCCUAUUUCAAUGCUUUUAAUGCCCUGCUGAAUAACAUGGAUCUUGUUAGAAAAAUAUACAGUAUUAUAGCAGGUACAAGGAAAGACACUGAAAUCACAAAAGAGGAAUUUACCCAGUCUGCAAUCAAAUUUGGACAGGUUACGCCAUUGGAAAUUGAUAUCCUCUACCAGCUUUCGGAUUUAUACAGUGCUACAGGGCGUUUGACUUUGGCAGAUAUUGACAGAAUAGCACCUUUGGCGGAAGGUGCCUUGCCUUACAACAUAGCAGAACUUCAGAGGCAGCAAUCUUAUGGAGGUAUGGGCAGGUCUAUCUGGCUCCAGAUAGCUGAGUCUGCUUACAGGUUCACUUUGGGCUCAAUUGCUGGAGCUGUGGGAGCCACUGCUGUGUACCCCAUAGACCUCGUGAAGACACGUAUGCAGAAUCAGCGCACCUCUGGUUCAGUCGUGGGAGAGCUGAUGUACAAAAACAGCUUUGAUUGUUUUAAAAAAGUUUUACGUUAUGAAGGCUUUUUUGGUCUUUAUAGAGGGUUGUUACCACAGCUUAUAGGUGUUGCUCCAGAAAAGGCUAUUAAGCUCACAGUUAAUGAUUUUGUCAGAGACAAAUUCACUCAGAGAGAUGGCUCCAUUGCAUUAUUGCCAGAGAUCCUUGCUGGGAGUUGUGCAGGGGCAUCACAGGUCAUCUUCACUAAUCCACUGGAGAUUGUGAAGAUUCGGUUGCAGGUAGCAGGAGAGAUCACUACAGGGCCCAGAGUCAGUGCCCUUACUGUUCUAAAGGACUUGGGGAUUUUUGGUCUUUAUAAGGGUGCCAAAGCAUGUUUCCUCAGAGACAUUCCCUUUUCUGGAAUCUACUUUCCUGUUUAUGCUCAUAGUAAACUUAUGCUGGCUGAUGAAAAUGGCCAUGUGAGUGGGUUGAAUCUCCUGGCAGCUGGUGCCAUUGCAGGUGUUCCUGCUGCUUCCUUGGUAACCCCUGCUGAUGUCAUCAAGACAAGACUGCAAGUGGCAGCACGAGCUGGUCAGACAACAUACAGUGGAGUUUUUGACUGUUUUGGGAAGAUACUUAGAGAAGAAGGCCCUUCAGCUUUGUGGAAGGGAGCUGGAGCUCGUGUAUUCAGAUCUUCACCUCAGUUUGGUGUUACUUUAGUCACUUAUGAACUUCUGCAGCGAUGGUUCUAUGUCGAUUUUGGAGGACUCAAGCCUUCUGGAUCAGAACCUACACCAAAAUCUCGAAUCUCAGACCUUCCUCCUGCUAAUCCUGACCACAUAGGUGGAUACAGACUUGCUACAGCUACAUUUGCUGGCAUAGAAAACAAGUUUGGCCUGUAUCUUCCAAAAUUUAAAUCCUCUGGUGUUGCUUCAAUUCAACUUAAAGUAGCGGCUGAAUCCUGAGAUGACUUUCUGCCUAGUGAAGUGGUGCAAUGUGGAAAAAAUAUUCAAGAACAGUACUAUAGCUAUUCAUUCAGCUGCAUGUUGCUCUAGCUGACCUGAGAAUUCAAUUCAAAUUACCCCUUUAUGAUAUACAACAUAUGUUUAUUUGUUUAUAAACUAGUCACUUGCACACAAGAAGCAGAUUGAAGCUUUAGUUCUAUGCAUUGACUUUUUUUCUAACUGGUGGCAUGAAUUAGUAACCUAGACUUGGCUUUGCACAGCUUGCAGUUAAUGUUACUGUACAUAUUGUACAUCUUUGUACAGAGACAUCAUGGCAUCUCUACACAAUUACAUUUAUAUAAUAGGAAUUGCAGUUCUAAAUAGUUUGAAAUGUACAGAAUGUUUUGAAGGUGUUUUAUUAAGAAUCAUGUGACAAUAAAAUGUAUUUAAAAACUAUUUAAAGUCAGUUAACUAUUUUUUUUGUAUUUUGUAGAAAUAAGCCAUCAAAUAUUUGUCAGCAUGAGUUGCAGAUUUUUAGGAACAGAAAGAGACUGUUAUGACCAUAAUCUAGUAUAUUUUUUCUUACAGAAUUAGUCAAGGUUUUAAAACAGGUAAGUCAAAUGCAUAAAAAUGCCAUACACUGACUCGAGUAAUGUACAAUAACUGUAUGUGUUUGAGUUUGAGAAAUAUUUUAAUUUUUGGAACCUAUAGGUAUACCCCUGGUGACACUUACGGUGAUAUGAGGCUGGUUAUUUUAUCUUAUUGACAUAUUUAUGAGUUGGUGAUGUUUCUUAUCUCUGGAAUAGCGUGUUUAAAAUGCAGUGAGAAUAUAUAUGUAGAUUUUCUUGUGACCAGUCUAAUUUUUUUCUGUAAAUUGUACAUAUCUGAAUAACAGUUUCAUGAAUUCAAUGCAACUGGUUUAUCCUUGCCAUAUUUUAACAAAAUAAUUGCCAGGAUAUGUUGGUAGCUUGCCAAGCAAGUCCCCAAAGUCUCAUACUUGUAAUUAACUAAUAAAAGGCCUUGGACAAAA